AUGAACUAUCCAGCAAGUAAUCGUGCACCUCCACCACCGAUGCAUCAUCAAACUCCGUCACAUCCUUCUCAUUCAAUGCAUCAUCCACAACAUCCACUUCUUUCAAAUCAAUUACAACCAAUUAAUCCUGAAACACAUACAUCAAUGUGGCUCGAUGAUCCAUAUGCUGUUUCAAAUGCAUCAGUAUCACAACGUGAUUCAGGAUUUAAUUCUCGAGCUGCUUCAUUAAGAAGUAUUGAAUCAACAGUGACAAAUACAACUGGUCCAAUACAUCAUGGAUCAACAACAACAUCUGGUUAUGAACAAAUUCCACCCCCACCUCCGUUACCACCGGAUCAUGAAAAUAUUCAUCCACAAUAUACUGAAAUGCAACCAGCACCUGUACCACAAUCACGACCAGAUCCAAGUCAAGUUAUACCUGAAUUACUUAAUUUAUUAAUGGAAGAUGAUUCCGUUAUUGUACGUGAAGCUGUUCAACUUACACAAAUGUUAGUCAAAGAAGGUGGUGAAGGCCGAGUAGAAGUUAUACGAAAUCGUGAUUUAAUUCAUGCUUUAUUGGAAAGUUUUUCGAAAGAUGUUGGUGAUGGUAAAAUAACAUUUCCUCUUGUGAAUCUAUUUCACUCACUUUCACAACAACAAGAAGGCCUUCGUGUGAUACUUGAAUGUGGCGGAAUUCCAAGAUUAAUUCAAAUUCUUGAUUCACCUGACAGUACAGUUAAUUUUGUUGUAACCACAUUACAUAAUUUUUUAAUCGUUCUACAAGAACAAUCAGCCAAUGAAAUUGAUCGUUGUAAUGGUACACAACAUUUUAUAAAUUUACUUAAUAGUGCAAAUGAUAAAUUAUUAACAUUAGUUUCGGAUUGUUUACUUAAAAUGUCAAGUUAUAAUUUAAAUUCAAAAUUAUUUAUACAAAGUAGUGAAGAAUGUGUUCAACGUCUUUUAUGUAUAUUUGAUACAACAAAAUAUGAUAAAUUAUUAUUAACAAUAUCAAAAUUAUUUCCAAUAAUAUCAUCAGGAAAUGAAAUAAUUAAAAGAGUUUUUUUACAAUUAAAUGCCUUAAGUAUAUUUGAAAAACAAAUACGUUUAACAAAAAGUAUUCGUAUUAGACAUAAUUGUCUUAUUGCAUUAAGAAAUAUAUCUGAUCAAGCAACACGAAUGCGUGAUGUAGAUUCGUUAAUUCAACAAUUAGCAGGAAUAUUAUUAACUGAUGAUCAUCAAUCAGUCUUAUGUUCAUUGGGAAUUUUAAGUAAUUUAACAGCUGAUAAUAGAAUAAAUAAGAGUUUAUUAGUGAAAUUAAAUGGUGUCCAAACAUUAAUGCAAAAAUUAAUGAUGAACGUCGAUGGAAACGAUGAUUUAAUUGAAGUAGCUUUAUGCACACUUCGACAUGUAACAGCUCGUCAUGAUUUAGAAAAUGAAGCUCGAGAAUCAGUUAGAAAAUCUUAUGGAAUAGGUAAUAUUGUGAAAUUAUUACGAGAUAAAAAUUUUAAAGAACAUUGGGGAAUAAUAAAAGCAACUGUUGGUUUAAUAAAAAAUUUAUCUUUAUCACCAACAAUAAUUGCACAAUUAUGUGAACAAAAUGCUGUUCGACGAUUAAUUGAAUUAUUAAUUAAUGUUGAUCGUGAACGAACAAAAAUUUUUGAUGAAAAUAAACAAUAUUUACAUCAAUUUGAUGUUAUGAUUGAAAUUAUUCUUGGAGCAUUAAAUAAUUUAGCUAAAGAUGUAUCAUGCAAAUCGAUUAUUAAAGAAAUGAAUUGUAUAUCAAUUAUUAUUCGUUAUUCAAACACACCGUCUUGUUCAUUACAACAAAUAGCAAGUAUUUUAUUAAAAGAAUUAAAUAUUGAUCGAGAUCGUAAUCAAUUAAAUGAUUCGUCAUCUUAUCAACAAUUUAAUAAUAAUAAUCAUAUGAUCGAUUCUCGUCAUAUUCGUCAGCAGUGA